UUAUCGGUUGUCCUCUUUCCCGGCAGUAGGUACGCACCAUAUAAACCCUAAUCGCGGUUGGCGCGGUAGCACGACCAAGGCGCUUGCUCUAACUUUUCCCUCAGAUUUACCUCAGGAACAUCCAUUUCCUCGGAGGAUAUUAGUGUUCAUUUGCUCUCCUACGAAUUCUGUAUUUAAUCUUCAUUGGUCUCGUCAAUGGCGGAGGCUCGGAAAGGCGAUCGGAGCGAGGAAACUGAUUAUACAUCGGAGGACGAAGGGACUGAGGACUACAGGCGAGGAGGGUAUCAUGCGGUUCGUGUUGGGGAUACUUUUAAGAACGGAUGCUAUGUUGUUCAAAGCAAGCUCGGCUGGGGUCAUUUUUCCACUGUGUGGUUAGCUUGGGACACUCAGAAAUCGAUUUAUGUUGCUUUGAAAGUUCAAAAGAGUGCUCAGCAUUACACUGAAGCUGCGUUGGAUGAGAUUAAGAUUCUUAAGCAGAUAGCAGAGGGAGAUAUGGAAGAUAAGAAGUGUGUUGUGAAGCUUUUGGAUCAUUUUAAGCAUUCUGGCCCAAAUGGGCUGCAUGUUUGUAUGGUUUUUGAGUACCUUGGGGACAACUUAUUGACCCUUAUUAAAUAUGCUGAUUACAGAGGUAUUCCUCUACACAUGGUGAAGGAAAUUUGUUUUCAUAUUUUAGUGGGAUUAGAUUACUUGCACAGCAAACUUUCAAUUAUACAUACAGAUUUAAAGCCUGAGAAUGUAUUGCUUCCAUCUAUGAUUGAUCCAUCUAAAGAUCCUAGAAAAUCAGGAAAUCCUCUCAUCCUUCCAAACAAUAAGAACAAAACUUCGACUAGUUCUGAUGCUUUAAUUGAUGUUAAGAGCUUCAAUGGGGAUGUUAUCAAGAACCAGAAAAAGAAGAUAAGGAAAAGAACUAAGAAGGCAGCCCAGGGGCGUUUGGAGAAGGAAACUGUUGAAGAUGAUCUAGAUGAAGAAGACUGUACAAGAGCUGGCACAGAAGAUUUUGAUAAUGGGGUUAAAUUAAAUGGGGGUACAACCAAAAUAUGUAAAGAUAAUGCUGUGAAUGAUGUUGGUAUAAAAAAUGCUGAUGAUUUAACGGAUGCUUGCCAAGGGAAGAAAAGCCACAGUAGAAUGAGCCGAGAAACAAGGCAGAGACUGCUGGCAGCUGCUGAUCUUAAGUGCAAGCUGGUUGAUUUUGGGAAUGCAUGCUGGACAUACAAGCAAUUCACCAAUGAUAUUCAAACACGGCAGUAUAGGUGUCCUGAGGUUAUACUUGGAUCUAAGUAUUCAACUCCAGCAGAUAUGUGGUCAUUUGCUUGCAUUUGUUUCGAGUUGGCCACGGGUGAUGUUCUCUUUGAUCCACACAGUGGUGACAACUAUGAAAGGGAUGAAGAUCAUUUAGCAUUGAUGAUGGAGCUUCUUGGAGUGAUGCCUCGCAAGGUCGCAUUAGGUGGUUGCUAUUCAAGGGACUACUUCAACAGAUAUGGAGAGUUGAGGCAUAUUCGUCAUUUGCGCUUUUGGCCUCUUAAUAAGGUGUUGACUGAGAAGUAUGAUUUCAGCGAGCAAGAUGCUAAUGACAUGGCUGACUUUCUUACUCCUUUAUUGGAUUUUGCACCUGAAAAGAGACUAACAGCAGCACAAUGUCUUAGCCAUCCAUGGCUAAUUUCUGUCCCAAGAAUUCUUGAAUCUUCUGUGUCAAGCCAUCAAAAUCAGCCCAUAGAGCAAAAUGCUUCUACAAAAAUAAGUGAGAAGGACGAGAGAGAAGCCAUGGAGAUUGGAAUUGGAAACAUAGUUAUUGAUGGAACUUCAAAAUCGACUGCAUCGAAACAGACAUAACUAGAGAUGUAAUGUUAUGGCAUUUCAGGGUAUGGCUUGUACAAUGUAACCCAUCCUGGUUGGUUUCUGUUAUAGUCGGAAAGCAUUCCUGAUCCAAAUUGAUUCAGUGUGUAUUUUGGUAUUUUGCUUGGAGAGAGUAGACCAGCUUUCGUAGGCUCUUCUCGAUCAACCUCGAACACUGAAUGUCUUGAGCGUUUCUCGGUUUGAUAGAGGGCACCUUUGAGUAUGCUUUGCUUAUCUUUACCACUCCCAUUGUUUCUAGGUCUCUCAUAGCACAAUGCUCUGGGUUAGAACUUUUUCCUGAAUCCUUGGAACAGAUUUAAAAUGUAAAUCUUUUUUGUGCUAGGUUCUUGCUGUUUUGUUUGUAGUAAGUAAAGUUGGCCCCUA